AUGGGGUGGGGAGGCUGGGGACCAGGCAGCACAACGGCGGGGCGGAGCAGAGCAGCCGGGCGGAGCGUGACGGCCAGACGGCGGGGCGGGAGGUUGGGGGCAGGGCGGUCAGGCGGCGGGGUGACACGAUGGUGGGGCGGGGCAGGGCAGAGCUGGGCGGCUGGGCGAUGGGGCUGGGAGGUCGGGGGCGGGGUGGGGCAGCCUACGGCGGGGUGGGGAGGCACGGCGGCGGGGCGGGGCGGUUGUCGGCCGAUAGGGGAGGCCGGGGGUGGGGCGGCACAGCAGCUGAGCGGCGAGGCUGGGGACAAGGCAGACCGAGCCCGUGCCGGCCCGUCUAAACCGGGCCGUGCCGAGGCGUCAGCCCAGAGGAUCUCAGUCGGUGCCCGUGCCCAUCAGCCAUGGAAGCCGAUGACUCCAGCCGCAGUCUCCGAGCUCCUCGCGUUGGCACGCAAGCUGCCGCCCCCGCCUGGCAGCGCUCUUAAUGAUCCGCACCUCUGCCUCACGGCCCUCACGUUUUUGUGA